AUGGCUCGCCCCCAUCUCGCCACGCUCCCCUACGAGGUGCGUGACAAGAUCUUUACGGAGCACUUCCGCGUGGAAGGAAGGUAUGUCUUCAAUAGCGAAUCUGAAAAGCUCACUACCGCUGACGGUCAAUUGAUUGACUUCUCCUUAAUGUACACCUGCUGCUCAAUCGCAAACGACACCAAAUAUCUACCUGUUGAGGUCAAUAAUUUCUCUUUCUCGACCCUCGUCUCACCCGAUUUGAGGGCUUGGGCUGGUCGCCAUCAGUUCCUAUCGCAAUUUCUUUCCAUUCUAAAGGCGGAUCUUAUAUGUCUUCUCCAAGGCCCAACAAUGUCUCCCGAACUGGAAGAAGCACUAGAAGAAAAGUUCCCGCAUUUGAUGCUGAAUUUCAAGAAUCGUCUGGAAGAUACCUAUCGCAGACGCUUCCACCAAGACCCUACUGUCUCCAAUGGCCAUGCCUUUCGAUACUGGAAGGAAACUCGUCACUCAAGCGAAAUCAUUAAAGACUUUGGCGAUGUGGAAGUAAGGGGAUGGGGUAGAAACACGUCUUCGGCGAGAGAAGCUAUCGCUUUCAGUCUCUGA